UGAUAUCUGCCUCUUAAAAAAACUUCAUUGUGGCUUUUUUCUCUUCUGGGUCCCAAGCGCUGAAGGAGUCGCAGCUGACCGUGCAGACAUGGCCAAGUCCAAGAACCACACCACACACAACCAGUCCCACAAAUGGCACAGAAAUGGCAUCAAGAAACCCUGGUCACAAAGAUACGAAUCUCUUCAGGGGGUUGACCCCAAGUUCCUGAGGAACAUGUGCUUUGCCAAGAAGCACGAUAAGAAAGGGCUGAAGAGAAUGCAGGCCAACAGCGCAAAGGCAGUAAGUGCACGCACAGUGGCCAUCAAGGCCCUCGGGAAGCCUCAGGCCGUCAAGCCCAAGAUGCCAAAGGGCCCCAGCCGCAAACUCAGCCGUCUGGCUUUCAUCACUCACCCCAAGCUUCGGAAGUGGAUUCAAAGCUACACGGCCAAGGGUUGUAGGCUCUGCCAACCAAAACCUAAGGUUCAAACCAAGGCAGAGGCCACAACCUCAGCUAAGGCCCAAGCUUCAGCUCCAGCCCAGGCUCCCAAGGGUGCCCAGGCCCCUGUGAAGGCCCCAUAGAAAAGGCUCCUGCCAGUGUGAAGACAGAUGGACUGCUGGGACACAACCACCUACACACUAUCUGCAGAUGACCAGUGUCCUAUGCUGUUUUUACAAAUAAACUUGAGACAAGAAGAAA